AUGAGUGUUGUGAACCCAGUCAAACCUUCUCUGGUUGAGUUGACGUUGUCAAUGCCUGUAAGGUCCCUGAAAAUGUUGUUACCCUUGUGCAAGAUUUGGUGGAACCCUUCACCAAUAACAAGUUUGGGGUUGACAUUGAUGAUAAGUAUAGAAUUGUCAUCUUUGAAGACCUCCAGACCACUCUUUUACAAAAUGACACUCAACUGCCUGUGUCUGGAGAUCUGUCUCAGUGUCCAAGAGAUGACUUCUUGCGAGAUCACUUCAAGUGCUGCCUUGGAGUUCACUUCUUGGGUGGAGACAUUAAGCAGGAUUUUCCUGAUGAUGCUCAGGGUUUGA